CGGCGGCGCUAUCAGCUUGGCGCCUCCGCUCGUUGCUUGCGCCGCUCUGUGCUGCCGUCGAUGCUGACGCGCGCGUCUACGCUGUUCGGCUGACUGGCUGUUGUGCGGCGUACGCGCGCAUGCAAAUGCCAAUGUGAAAUCAGUGAGUGGCAAAAGCUCCAAGUAGCUGGCACGGAGACAACGUAACGCGCGCGUACAUUUACCCCGUUAUACGAGUACGCCUUAGUGGUAAAUUUAAGGCAAUCAAGUAAAUGAGCUGAGGCUCGAGCUGAGACUGAGUCUGAGACUUGUGCUAAAGCGAGGUAGGCUUACGGGCGCGGGCGGUAUGCGGCGAGCGGUCAGCGAUAUCAGUUGUGAAUUUGUUUAGUGUACUGUAGUGUAGUGCAUGCUAAUGUUAUGUUAAGACAGUGGAAAGGAAGAAGAAGCUUACAUACAUAUAUACAAACAUAUGUAGAUAUAUGUAAAUAUGAAAUACACGAAAAACAUAUAAAAGUGUAAAACAGAAUCAGCCGAAGAAGUUUAGUGAAAAUUCAUAUAAAACUAAAGUGCCUGCAAAAACAAACUACAAAUAACAACAACAAAAAUUGCAAAAUAAAUAUGAAUGCAACAACACGCGUAAAUGCAGCUACAAAUAAUUACGUCAACAACAAACACAUAGAUACGAACUUUAGUAGUCUAAAGUCCAACAAUAACAACAACAACAACAAAAAUAACUGCAACAACUACCAGCGACUACCCACAGUAACAGCAGCAACAACACACGCUUAUAGCAACAACUGUAGCAGCAACAACAACCCAAAGCUACCACAAACAACCAGCAACGGCUCACCAGCCAGUUUGCAACACCAACCUCCAUCAUCAGCGACAAGCCGAGAAUAUUCCAGCAUUGCACCGUAUAACAUAACGUUGACAACAAUGCGACUGGUCGGCAAAGAGUUGAGUGCGGUGGCCAAUGGCGAGGAAGCGAGGACUAAAUUGAUGCCAACAACGGCAAUUAAAAUCAUCAGCGUCAAUAAUAAUGGCAAGAGUCAAAACAACAAGACAAGUAAUGCGCAGAAGAGCGUAAACAAUAGCAAUAGUAACAACAACAAUACGGACAACAACAACCACAAAUCAACAACGAAAUCGACAGCAACAACAACAACAAUGGGUGCCAAAUUAGACUCAUCGAUGUUGAUUAAUUCUCGCAAUCAAUUGUCAACAACAACGACAAUGCGACAACAGCAACAACAUCAAGAGCAAAUAGCGCAACAAGUAAAACAACAACAACAAACUGAACAUAUGUCGUCCAUAACAAGGGACCUCAAUCAAAUCAAUUUAAAAUCAUCACUUUACGCCGAACAACAAGUAUACAAUGCCAACAGCAACAACAACAGCAUGCACAAUUGUAGAGGCAACAAUCAACAACAGCAGCAGCGGCAGCAACAACAUGAUGUACAAACUAGCUGGUGUGCAAGCGUCAGUAGUAAUAAUAAGCACAACAAUGCUGCUAAUAAUAAUAUGCAAAAACAACAACAACAAUCGCUGCAAACGACAAAUGGCAACAACAACACUAGCAAUAAGGACUGUGAUCAAGCAUAUGACAACAACAACAAGAGUAGAAACACGGUGUACAAAAUGAGAAUGCUGAAAUAUGGCGAUAACAACAACAGUAACAGCAGCAACGGGAGCAAUGAGCCGAAGCAACAGCAACAACAACAACUGAUAACUCGAACAAUAGCAAAAAAUGUGGAAUCGGAAAUGACCACAGUGGGCAGUGAUAAAAUAAGCACAACAACGAAAGUAAGCGCAGAGAAAUAUGCAACAACAACAACAACAGUAGCAGCAGCAACAGCGCCAAUUGAAAGAGCGAAAGCGAAGACGACAAAGCUUACGCUACGCAAAUCAUUCUCCACACCGGCUUCAUUUAAAAUUGCUGACGUUGCAGCCACGCUGAGCCAGUGCGGCAACAUGAUUGGCAACAACAACAGCAACAACACAAACAAACCAAGCGAUAGCUAUAGCAAAAGCGUGAGCAGAGCAUUACCGAGUGCGACGGCAGCUGCGCAAAUGUUAAAUUGUAAGAAAAGUGAUAGUGAUGGUGUUGGUGAUGAUGUCGGUGGCGGUGACGGUUACAAAAACGACAGCGGUGGAGGUCAUAUCCGUGGCGUUGCCACAUACGCAAAGCCAGCGGCGGCGUCGUCAGCAGCGACAGCGACAAAAGAAAACUUUGCACCAACGCCAGCAAUAAUCACAAAUGCGACACAGCUUGCUAAUGCUUCAAUUGAGGCAAUAACUACACCGCCAACAACAACAACAACAACAGCAACUGCAACAACAAUUGAAACUCAUACAACAACAAUGUGCGCAUCACCAACGAAGCUUGCCACAAUGGAUGGUGUAACGCGUACACAAACUGCCGCGCCACAACAAGACUCACAACAACAACAACAACAACAACAACACCACCAGUCAAGCACGAAAUCAGCAAAAGUGAAAGAUAAUGAUAAUCAAGUCAUUUGCGCCAACAAAAAUAUUUCGAAUGCUGACAAUGUUGUUGUUGCCGCCGUCACGACAACCACUUCGGCCACCGUGCCACUGUCCCCCGUUAGCUUCGAAUUUGAUUUGCGCUUCGGUUGUGCGCAUUACAAGCGUCGCGCCAUGUUUGUGACACCCUGCUGCAAUAAAUUCUACAAAUGUCGUUUCUGUCACGAUGAAAAUGAAUCGCAUCACUUCGAUCGUAAAACACUAACCGAAUUGAUUUGUUCCGAGUGCAAUACACGACAAAAGGUGCAGGAGCAAUGUGAGGCGUGUGGCACGCGAUUUGGCAAGUACACCUGCCUGAUCUGCAAUUUAUUCGACGACACCAACAAGAAGCAAUAUCACUGUAACGGUUGCGGCAUUUGUCGCAUAGGUGGCGCUGAGAAUUUCUUCCACUGCAAAGUGUGCGAUAUGUGCCUGCCCAUUAGAUUGAAGAUCGAUGGACAUCGGUGCGUCGAGAACAUCUCACGUUCACAUUGUCCCGUUUGUCUGGGCGACAUACACACCUCACGUAUACCAUGUCACAUACCCGAUUGCGGUCAUCUACUACAUAAGACAUGCUUUGAUCAAUUGCUCAACUCGGGACACUAUACAUGCCCCAUUUGUCAGACAUCGUUAAUUGAUAUGACGGCUUUAUGGGAGUACUUGGAUGCGCAAGCGGUGUCGCUGCCUGUACCAAAGAAAUACGAGAAUCAACGUAUACAUAUUUUUUGCAACGACUGUCAUAAGGCCUCCAAGACCAAAUUCAAUUUUAUCGGUUUGAAGUGUAUGCAAUGUGGCGCUUAUAAUACAACACAGGAUGUCAAGCGACGUAUGUCAUUGGUUACAGAUGAACCAUCAUCAGCAUGACGACGCACCCAUUAUCAUGCAACCUCACAAAUUUUUGCAAGCCAAAUUUUCAUCCUAUCUUGUUGGUUUCAACGUUAAACACUGGAACUCUUGCCAUUUUGAGAUUGUACACUGCUAAAGUGAUCGCCGUCAAUGCUACCACAAAGGAAUGCUGGUAUGCCAUAAAAAAUGGUGACUCAAAUAAGUUUACGCCCGCUAAACAUAACAUUUCAUUAUUAUAGUGAAGCGUGAAAUAACUGCAACUAGUGCUACUGCUAAACUAUAUGCACAGACAUGUACAUGCACAUACGAGUAUGUUUAUGUGUGUGCGGUUGUGGCAGAUUAACUAUAACGGUAUUUGCUGUAAAGUAGAUGACUCGUAAGCUAAUUCGAUUUGGCAUCGAAUACCUGUAUCGAAUUAAAUACAACGUAUAAUUUUUAAAUUACACUACUAAA